AUGGACAUAUUCAAGACGUCCCACUCGGCGCCUUCCGAGUACGGGGGGGUGGUCAACGACCCCGAGUACACGCUGCUUUCGCCUAGCGACCCAGGGUUGAGCCUGGCCCGUUGUACGUUUUGCCAGGGUUUUGCAGCGGGCGAAACCCCGGAACCCUUGUUCUUGUCGACGUGCACAAAGUGGACUUUGAAGAGGUAUCGUUUCCCCCCGAGGGUGUGUUUGCUGGGGGCGUCGGAGUGCAGUUGCAGUGACUUUUACUCGUGGCAGUUGAGGGCGGUCAAGUGCGAGUUGGCUCCAGCCGACUACGUCAGCUUGACAUCGACUGGAGCCAACUCGCACUUGACCGCCCUCAACUGCCACGAGUACAAGUCACUGACACUGCAACUGCACCCCACGCCCCAGCUAACACACCCUCGGGGGGAAAUCAUACCUGUUCAAGGUCUCGCUAGUCCCACAAGGUGCUGCUAA